UCACGAACCACUUCCACUCCCACUCCACUCGUACUCUUACCAACGGGCGAGCAAAGCAGUGAACCCUUACGGGCGAGCUAAGCAGUGAACCCACGGUUUUCGACUCCCACCUCCGCCAUGUCGAACGACCAGUCCGCAGCUUGGCCGCAAGCUGACCAGGCUCUCUCUCAAGAGAUUCUCGACCUUGUGCAGCAAGCGAGUCACUACCGGCAGCUCAAGAAGGGAGCCAACGAGGCCACGAAGACACUGAACCGUGGAAUUGCGGAAGUCAUCAUACUCGCUGCUGACACGUCGCCGCUCGCUAUUCUUCUGCACUUGCCGCUCCUGUGUGAAGACAAGAAUGUUCCAUACGUCUAUGUUCCGUCCAAGAUGGCCCUCGGCCGUGCCUGCGGAGUAGCUCGACCGGUUAUCGCAGCAUCCGUGACCACCAAUGAAGCCUCCGACUUGAUGCAGCAGAUCCGCUCGUUGAAGGACAAGGUCGAGCGCCUCCAGAUCUAAGCGCGAAUACAUCCUGAUGGAGUUAUGGGGAAUCAGAUGAGGCAGAGCAUGGCACAAUUUGCGAGUUUGCAUAGAUGACUCGUGAGCGGGACAUUUGAGUCGGGAGCUCACGGGUGAAACAUUCUCUUGAGCUCCUGCAGCUAAAAGAGAAUGAUGUGCUAGGCAGUAAAUCAAGUACUGACUCCUUCAAAAUUUGUAUUUGCUUGCGCAUCGCCCUACAGGAAGCCAGAGCCACCUGCUCGAUUCGACGGAGAAAUACAGAUAUGCUUGAGUAGCCUCCUAGCAGAAACUUUACCCCAGGUCCUCUAUCCCGAUUCUGAAGAAGCACCUGCUCUGGGUACAUGGACUUGAGGAUAGGGGAAGCACGGUGCACC